AUGCCGAACGGCUUCCGCCAUGAUGUCAUGCUCUGGCGGCUAGUUCUCCGUGUGGACAACGUUGAGGAUGAGAGCAUCUCACUGCGAGUUGCUGCACGUCAGGAAAAUGGUCGAAUCCCGCCCUGGGCAUGGACAGACCAACUUCCAGUUCAAAUCACACUGAGGAGGACACUCCACUCCGAGCCGGUGCACAGCCACGCCGUCAUUCUCAGCCGCACUGAGCCGGUGGCAUCGGUGACGUUGCGGCCCUGCAGGGUGGAACUGGCCGCGUUUGCAGUGGCGACAUCACAGCAGCGCUGGGCUCUAGAGGCCUAUGCGCGCUUGGACCAGCAUGGCCUUGGCGGCUGCAGGUAUGGACUCCUGUUUCCACUGCCGUACAAGCUCCAAGAAGCUAGCGCCUUGAAGCUCGCAGAGUGUCCAGCACUCAGCUUGCCCAUCGCAGCCCCGAGCCCGGAGUUGGACGAUAUCGAAGCCCACCAGAGCGAUCAGACAGGCACUGAUGUGUGGGAUCCUGGGAUCGUCCUCGCUUCUGCGCUCCCGCAGCUUCUUCCGGGAUCUGAGCGGACUUUGGAGCUGCUCGAGCUGGGAGCGGGAAUUGGUCUCCUCGGCUUUGUCGCCGCCCUCCUUGGCCACAGCUGUACCUCUACAGAUCUCGAAGCCGUUCAUGCCUCUUCUGAGAAGUUUGCAGCCGAAUGUGCGGAGCUUCCGGCGCUUACUGGCUGUUGCUGGCAGUGGAAGGUCCUCGACUGGUCUGAGCCGCCAGACUGGGCAUUGGAGAGGACAUGGGACAUCUUGUUGGGGGCCGACCUGCUUUGGUAUGCCGUUGGGCAUGAUGUGACCCCGGCACCCCGGAGCUGGGCUGCCAGGCUUCAGACCCCGUUGCUGCGAUUCCUUUCACGGCUGCGAUUCACAGAGCUCCUCCUUGCAGAGCGCGAGCGGGAUCUCGAGGCCACCGAGGAGUUCUUCCAAAUCUUGGACCUAUUUGGUUUCGAAGCACGUCGAGUGGACCUGCCCGGCGGCAAGUGCGGCUCCCUAACCGCGGCCGUUGAUGUCGCCAUCUGGAGCAUUCGACACUCCUGCCUCAUGACUGUGCCGGCGGCCAUUUGGAGCAGAGACACUGUGACGAACGAGGACAGCGUUUUCGACUUCCCGGUGCCAGGAUUACCAGAGACCGUGCGUGCCUGCCAAAGCCUACAAAGCGACGAGCUGGGAGCAGUGGUGUGGGAUGCUGCGGUGCUUCUUGCCUGGUUUUUGUGCCAGAACGAUUGGCUUUGCCACAAUGCCCGCAUCCUGGAACUCGGCGCCGGCACCGGUCUUGUUGGCCUGGUUGCAAAGGCCUUGGGUGCAGAGGGAGGCCUCCUCAGCGAUCUGCCAAUGCUCGUGCCUUUGUUGGAGGACAGUAUAUCCUUGAAUGCGUCGUGGGUAGAGGACAUGGCGGCCAUCAGUUUGGACUGGGAAGACCCGCAGUGUGUGAAGCACAUCCGAGAUAUUUUCAAGCCUCAGCUGCUACUCCUGGCAGCUGAUGUUGUCCAUCAGCGAGUUCCCUACCUGGCCUUGUUGGAGACAAUCCGGUACAUCUGUGACCUCCGAAGCCCGAUGGCCACAAGACUGCUGCUAGCUCACCAGGACCGACAGCCGGAGCACACAGACCGAUUUCUUGAAGCUGCUUCGGAGCAAGGCUUCAGUAGCCGUGUUGUGGCGAGACAUGCCAACGAGAAAACUUGCUUGGCGAUCUACAUGCUCAGUUGGAACGAGCCGGAACUGCAUAUUUCGUCUUUUCAGAGGAAGCUUUCGGUGUGCACAACAUUUGCUGGCGCCUGGUUGCAAAACACUGUGGACUGUUCCGUGGAGCUUAGCCCCAGCGAGAUACAGUUCAGCUGGCACCGAUUUGGUUGGAAGCGGCGGUUGCAACUUCCAUUCCCAGUAGAUCCGGAGGCUGCAAGUUGCACCCUGUAUCGGAGACGACGACAGCUCUUGGUCGAACUUCGCCACUCAGAUGAGUCGAAGGAGAUGUGA